GCCGUCAAGCGGACAGGCUCUGGGAUCAGGCUGCCCGGGGCUGGGGACCUGGCCGAAGGAGGCCUGCCUUUCCGUAGCUGUAAAGUGGGCAUCACCGCAUAAAGCUGCUCUGCGAAUUAAGUACCAUAGAAUAGUGUCUGCAUCCGCGAUUUCGUCACGAGUAGUGGCCUCGAAAAUUCUGAGCUGUGUAGCACUAGGAAGUGAAACUUCAGAAGAGAGCAGACUCUUAAGAAUACAUUUGGCUCAUCACCAUGCGGUUAGGAAAACCAAAGGGAAGUAUUUCUCGGAGCUCGAGCCAAGGAAAAGCCUGUGAGAACCCACGCAAAACAGGCAGGCAGCGGCAAAAAUGGGGAAUGACUGUUCGAUUUGACUCAAGCUUGAGUAGACUGCGAAGAAGCUUGGAUGAGAAACCUUAUAAAUGUACUGAAUGUGAAAAGAGUUUUAGUCAGAGCUCAACCCUUUUUCAACACCAGAAGAUUCACACUGGAAAGAAAUCCCAUAAAUGUGCCGAUUGUGGAAAAAGUUUCUUUCAGAGCUCUAACCUCAUUCAGCAUCGGCGGAUCCAUACCGGGGAAAAACCCUAUAAAUGUGAUGAGUGUGGAGAAAGGUUUAAACAGAGCUCAAAUCUCAUUCAGCACCAGAGAAUUCAUACUGGAGAAAAACCCUAUCAGUGUGAUGAGUGUGGCCGAUGUUUCAGCCAGAGUUCCCACCUUAUUCAACAUCAGAGAACCCACACAGGGGAGAAGCCCUACCAAUGCAGUGAAUGUGGCAAAUGCUUCAGCCAGAGCUCUCAUCUUAGGCAGCACACGAAGGUGCACAAAGAAGAGAAACCUCGUAAAACCCGAGGCAAAAGUAUUAGGUCAAAAACUCACUUAGUGUCAUCCUGGAAAGCUGGUACAGACUGUGAGCUCCUGGCUUAUAGUAGUCAUUCAAGCCACAGUUUUAAUGAAGAAUGGCCAAGACAGAAGCACACAAAGAAGGAUAAAGAAAGAGAGAGAAAGAGAGAGAGAGAAAGAAGGAAGAAGAAGAAGAAGAUGAAGAAGAAGAAGAAGAAGAAGACGACGACAACGACGACAAUGGCUGCCGAGGUCUCUUCCUCUUCUUUUAAGGACACUAGUCCUAUUGAAUUAGUGUCGCCCUUAUGAUUUCAUUUAACUUUAACUUCCUCCUUAAAAGCCCUAUCUACUAAUACAUUCACACAAGGGGUUAGGGCUUCAACAUCUGAGUUUUCACAACAGAUAUUAUUCCCACUGUCUAGAUAAAGAAACAGACUCAGAGAGUUCAAGUAACUUAAUCAAGGUUGAAUAUGACAAAAAGGUUCAUGGCCUUUUGGAUGUCUCUUUUAGAAAUCUUGUUACCCCAUCCUAGAUCAUGUGAGAUGAAUGCAUGUAUAUGGCUAUCAAAAAUAAAAGUAACAGUCCCAACCUCCUUGACCUCAAAGAGAGAGGAGACUUGCCAGGAUACAGUAUGACAGAAUGAGUGUUGACUCUACUACACACAGCCUCCAGCUCUUCUGGUUCCAUGCCUGGGUCUACCUUAGUUGCAUAGACACCCACAAAUUUGGAUUUAUUUGCCCUUUGAGAACCAAAGAGAUCUAAACAUAGGUUCUGUUUUACAUGUAGAUCUUGGUUGUUCAACUCUGCUACUCCUAGGACAAUUUUGCAAGUCUUGAUCUAUAGUUUUUCCUGAAAACUCGAUAAAAAUGAAUGGAGGAGAAGCAAAGGGAUGCUCACAAGUGGGAAGAGCAUGAUGACGUCCUCUGUAGGGAAGAAUUUCAGUGGGACCAAAGGUCUAAUCUGAUCUCGCAUCACUCAGCAGUAGACACAGCUUUCACUUUGGAAGUGAGUAUAAACCAAAAUGCUGUUGCUGCCCCCUGUUGGCUGGUUCUCCUCAUAACCAACUGGAGACCAGCCAGCAAAGGGAUAGGAUUACACAAACCAAUCCUCUUUCCUCAUUUCUUUCUUAAAGAUUUAUUUAUUUAUUUAUUUAUUUAUUUAUUUAUUUAUUUAUUUAUUUGAGACAGAGAGAGAGAGAGAGAGAGAGAGAGAGAGAAAGAGGCAGAGAUAUAGGCAGAGGGAGAAACAGGCUCCAUGCAGAGAGCCCAAUGCGGGACUCAGUCCCAAGAUCCUGGGUGGGGAUCACACCCUGAGCCAAAGACAGUCGCUCAACCACUGAGCCAGCCAGGCAUCCGUCUUUCCUCAUUUCAUUCACUGAACCCUCCCUUGCUUUCUCUGAUGUUGAAAGCUGUUUAGUUUAUUGAUGCAGGUUAAAGCUGAGUGCCAUGGAGACUGUUCUGGAACUAAAGGGGAGAGGGUGGGUAUUAUUUAUGAUAGCUAAGAGAUAGAAGCAACCCAAGUAUUCAAUGAUGGGCUUAUUUCUCAUGAUGCCCUCAUGGCUUUUUGUUUGAGCUAGAGAUGGACCACAUGUCAUUUUCAGGGGUCUGUUUUCCUUGCUUUGUACAGGACCCGGAAACAUGUUUAGUAAGUGCUCUCGAGGACAUUAAGUGUCACCACUGAUGCAAAUCAGCAGAUUAAAUCCCUAGGCUCAGAAAUAUCCCCACCUAAUGAAAGUACCUCAUGGGCAAAGAACAUAGUACUCAGUCACAGAAGUUUUCAUUGUUCUAGGACAUUGGGAUUCUUGUAUUUCCUAGAACCGUCACUGCAUGGCAGCAAAGGAGAUAUAAUAGAAACCAGACUGUAGUUGAUCCACAUUCAACUACAUUCAACUUGUAUUUUCCUUUGAAAAUGCUAUACUCAAAAUGUUGAAAAUUUGGGGAACCUGGGUGGCUCAGUUGGUUACAUGUCUGCUUUUGCUCAGGUCAUGAUCUCAGGGUUCUGGGAUCAAGCCCCAUGUAGAGCUUCCCCACAGGGAGCCUGCUUCUUCUUCUGCCUGAGUCUCUGUGUCUCUCUGUGUGUCUCUCAUGAAUCAAUAAAUAAAAUCUUUUAAAAAUAAAUAAAAUAAAAUAUAAAUGUAAAGCCAAUUACAUUCCUGUAGCAAAAGAUUGACUUAAAUAGCCUGGGGGGAGGGGGAAGGAGAGGAGGGAUCCCAGAGUAAUGCCUAGGUGCUUUGUCACCUUUGCCUGGUAGGUAAGAUAUCCUAAGUAGCAUUGCAUUUCAUAAACUCACCAUCUUAUCUGGUACUUAUUCUUCCAGUCCUUUUCCGGGUGCUUCUCUUUCCCCCACUUCAAAAAGGCUGAAUUAUAACAAAGAGCCAUAUAUGAGUACAUCUUUGUGUUCAGUGGUUGGGUACACUUAGGGUGAAAGUAGAGGGGAAGAAGGGUGUUGAAUGUGAGAAGUAGUGCAUAUAAGAGAUAUACCUCUGAGUUGGAGUGAUUAGUCUUGAGUUUCGGAUCCAUUUCUUUUUUUUCUUAAGAUUUUAUUUAUUUAUUUAUUUAUUUGAUAGAGAGAGAAAGAGAGAACUGGGAGGGGGAGCAGCAGAGGGAGAAGGAGAGGCAGGCUCUCCACUGAGCAGGGAGCCCAACUCAGGGCUCCAUCCUAGGACCCUGGGAUCAUGAGCUGAAAGCAGACACUUAACCAACUGAGCCAUCCAGGUGCCCCUUCAGAUCCACUUCUGUGGAAAAUCUAUAUGCCCUCAGGCAAUUCAUUUUUCCUCUCUGAUCAUAGGUCUUCUCAUCUGUCAAAUGAAGUCAAAACUGACAGGUAAACCAGUUGUCUCAAUUAUGUUCUAUAGCCGUAAGCUGCUGAAGCCAACUUUUGCUAACUAAAACAAUACAAAGAGAAGUAAAGAAAGAUGGUUAAAGAAAGAAUUGAACCACUAGAUCUUAGGAAGGAAGGUCAGCCAGGACAGCCCUAGGGAUGUCAGGGUCAUGCACGGAUCUUUUAAAAGCUGUCAUAGGAAGUUCUCAGUUCUAGCCACCAUCUGCUUGCUAGCUGUGAUGACAGGGCUCCAAUGGAUAUGUUUUGCAAGGGGAAGGAAUAUUGCCAUUUCUAACAGUUGGAGGGAGGGAAGGAGAAAAGGAAUUGAGAGGAGAGAGAAAAAAAAUGAGUAAAGGGAUAGGACUUAUAUUCUUAAAACUUAUAAAUUAGCACUGAAAAUAAUCUCCAAAUAUCUAAAUUAGUGAUCUAAUAAUAGUUUAAGUAACAGGAAUAUUACAAUGAACACAUACUUUCUGAUGCGACUACUUUAAAAGAAACAAUAAUUCAUCUCUGUGUAUGUUUUUGUAUUAUGUUUAUAUCCAUUCUCACAGAAAAAUGCUACUAAAUAUUCACAUUUAUUGACUCGGGUCUUCUGAGAACUUCCAGUAAGUAAAUCAUAUCUACUCAGAAGUAAUAAGAAUAAAUUUAUUUAAAUUUGUUUUUAGCCUCACACUUAGACUGAGAAAUGUUCAUCAUGGGCAGUUUUCCCUUAAAACAUCUGAAGCUAAGUCAAGUACCAGUUUUAAACUUUAUUCUUUGUGGCAGAAUUGUUAAAGAUAUCUUUUGUAACUUGCCCUUCAGAUUGUAUAUUACUACACUGAACACAUUAUUUUGUUCUUUCACAUUUACUUAGAUUAAAAAAUACAUAUUUGUA